AGCGGCAGUUACUUCCACUUUAUCCACACGCAAGGUGGUUCACGGUCUUCUAUGGUUUCUUUCGGACGUGUCAUUACUUUUAUGUGUACUGUUAACUCUCAUACAAAAUACAAAAAAAAAAAAUCAACAACCAAUCUCUAAUGUUCACGAUUUUUGUUUUGCUCAAUGCCAACAACAAUUGAGUAUGGAAAGUGCAAGACGGUGGCGAUCGCCCUCACCGUUCACAACCAUCAACAAUUUUUUAUAAAAUUAUUUAAUAUCAAUUUGCAAAAAAUGAAAGCUUAACUUAAUAUUGUGAUUCCUUUUUGAUUUUUGUUUUUUAAUUAAGGAGAAAACAUUGAUUAAAAAAAUCAAAAAAAAAAGCAACACAUUCAUUCCUGUGUGAGAAAUAAAAACAGAAAAAAAAUAUUAAAUACACAUCGUUGAGAGGAAAAGUUUAAAGCAGCAAGGCUUGCCUGGCCUGGUACCAAAACCAAACCAAUCCAAACGAAACACCCAUACUAAACUAAAAUAUGGAAUGGAUUCAGUCAGACUUGUUUUGAUCCGGAAAUACCGGUUGAAUUGAAAUUCGCUAGGAAUAUGUUUACAAGUCAUAAUACAUGUGUGUUUGUGGGCUUUGGACAAAUCAAAAAGAAUUGCUUUAACCUUUUGUUGUUGGGGUGGUUCUGAGAAUUGAUGCCUUUUAAAAAUGGUUAAAGGAAUUCUUGUUCAUCGGCCAAGGCCGGAUGAUGCUGACAAACUGAGUGCAUUGAAAAUGGAUCACUCAGAUUUGGUAGCUGAAAUGCAAACUGUUGAAAAUCUUCCCACACACGAAAGACUCCAAUUGGCACGAAUGAGAAGAGCACAACAAUUAAAAAUCAAUCGUCAGAAAGAAAAAGAAUGGCUCAAAUUGCAGCGCAGCCAAAAAAAUAACCAUCAAACUGAUCGGCAUUCCAUUAGCAGACAAAGUUCAAAGCAUAUCUUCUUUGAGAAUAGUGUCAUACUAUUGGAAGCAGCUAGUCGCAAUGACAUUCAAGAAGUUGCUAAUCUGCUACAACGUGGCAUCACUCCGGAUGCAGCAAAUGAAGAUGGCCUUACUGCAUUACACCAAUGCUGCAUUGAUAAUAAUAUUGAAAUGCUUAAACUUUUACUUGAUUAUGGUGCUAAUGUUGAUGCUCAGGACAGUGAUAAGUGGACACCCUUACAUGCAGCUGCUACAUGUGGUCAUUUGUAUUUGGUUAAGAUUCUUAUUGAGAGGGGUGCAAAUUUACUGGCAGUUAAUACUGACGGUAAUAUGCCCUAUGAUUUAUGUGACGAUGAGGAUACGUUGGAUUUCAUUGAAGCGGAAAUGUCUAAAAGGGGAGUGACGCAAGAGCUUAUCGACGACACACGAUCAAUGACUGAAAAACAAAUGCUAAGUGAUUUACUUGAGUUGGCCAGUAAUGGAGGCGACCUAGAAGAUCCCGAUCAUCAAGGUGCUACACCUCUUCACAUUGCAUCGGCAAAUGGUUAUAAUCGAGUGGUGGAAUUUUUACUGGAACACCAUGUCAAUGUGGAUGCGGUUGAUAAAGACUUAUGGACACCGGUUCAUGCAGCUGCUUGUUGGGGUCAUCUCGAAGUUUUAGAGAUGUUAGCUCAAUACGGCGCUGACUUAAAUGCUAAGAACAAAGACGACGAAACACCCUCAGAUAUAUGUGAGGAUCAAGAAAUACGAGAACGAAUAGAACAAUUAAAAUCCGAACAAGAAACUAAACGUUUAGCUGAUGCACAAAUAAGACGAGUACGUCGUUCACAAAGCAGUAACACAAGGGCACAAUCAGUGCGGCGAACUUCUUUGCGAGAUAAAACACUAACAACAAAAAAGGAUGCUGUGGAAGAAACAAGACUGCGAUUACAAGCACAAGAGGUGUUUACAACACCAGAUAGCACAACAGAAAUACUUCCAACAUAUCUUCGAAGUAACUUAGAGACUAAACAACAAACAGGCGAUGCAACGAAUAAUCACGAUCAUUUGCCAACGAGUACUACUCCUACAAUUCCACCGCUUAAAAUUGAAUUUCGACCGUCCAAUAGUAGUAAUGAGGGCGGCAGCGGAGAUAAAAUCCCAACAAAGACACUAGACAGCAGUAAAAAAGAUAACAACCAUCACAUUACUUCCAAUAAUAACAAUGUGAUCCUAAUCAAUGGCCAUCAUGGCAGCGGAAGUGCUAUAGAAGGCAACGAAUUGUGCAUCGACGAUAUCGAUUCAACAGCUUACUUAUCAAAUUCUCGUUAUCCACCCGAUGGCAAGGAAUAUGAUGAACUAACUGGUGGAAUGGACAAGAUGAAGGCCAUGACGAAAACAUCAGCUUUUUCCAAUGGCAACACUACAAAUAGUUUGGAAAAGAUGUCUGGUGUUGGUGGCAGCGGCGGUAAUAAUCGAGCGGCGACGACAGGUGAGUACAAGCUCCAACAAGACGUUAUAUUAACAAUGUUUAAUAUGUAUAGUCUCAAAAAAAAAAAAAAAAAUAUAAUGAUGGGGAAAGUGAUGAUAGUAUGGGUAAAGAAUUUUGGACACAUCAUGAAGCAGUUGACAAAAUAUAAUAAUAAAAUGACAAAGUGUAUCAUUCCAUUGAGUGCAUUUUGAAUGCAUGAAGAAGGUCUGAUGUGCUACAGACAAUCAAGUAACAAACAUUGUCUAUUUUUUGUUUCAAAUAAACCAUAAAUUCAUUUUUUAACGCUGUACUAUCAUUGUUUCCCAUAGAGUAGAUACGUUUUUUUAUUAUGUACUAUUAAAUUGCUUAUGGCAAAAUUGCUUUAUCAUUUUUGUAGUAAUUAAAAAUUCAUUUAAAUUUAAGCUCUUUAUCCCUUUAUUGCAUGCUUUUUUUGGUUUAAAUUGUUUGAAAUUUAACUAAUUUAAAUUUUUCAUUUAUUUUGUUUGUUUUUGCUCAUUGCGAUUGCCUGCUGGUUUUAUUAUCCGCUUAUCCUGUGUUAUUGUUGUAUGUGUGUUUUGUUAUGAUCCUUGUUCGUUCCUGUUUUUGUUCGAUUCGACACAAAAAAAAAAUAAAUGUUACCA